GUAUCAUCGAACUUUGGCUCUCCAAUGAAGGGGCACAAGUGUCAUUACGCAUAAACAAAAUAUCAAAUACGCAUGACGACUAUUAACUUGUUUGCUAAAGAGAGCUCAAACUUUUUUUUCUCAGAAGGAAAAUUACCUAUGGAGGAGAAGCUUACAAACUUGAGCCAUCUGUUUGUGACCAUCUUUCUCUCAGGAUUAUCGAAUUUCAUGGUGUUUCCUGUAAUAACUGAUGUCACCAUGUUAGCACUUUGCCCCGGUCAAGAUCAGUGCUCACUCGCCAUCUACCUCACUGGUUUCCAGCAAGCCAUGACAGGAAUUGGAUCGGUUGUGAUAACACCAAUAAUUGGCAAUCUGUCUGAUCAAUAUGGAAGGAAAGCUAUGCUCACAAUUCCCUUGACCGUCUCCAUUUUUCCUUUAGCCAUAUUGGCAUACAGCAGCGAAACCAAUUUCUUCUACUCCUACUAUGUGCUCAGAACUUUAACAGCUAUGGUCUCUGAAAGCAGCAUCCAGUGCCUUGCUUUUGCUUAUGUGGCAGACAACAUUUCAGAAAGACAAAGAGCAUCGGCUUUUGGAAUUCAAUCUGGCAUAUUUUCAUCUUCUUUUGUAGCAGGAACCUUAGCAGCUCGUUUGCUCUCUAUUUCUUUGACAUUUCAGGUUGCAGCACUUGUGUCUAUGGUUGCAACUGUGUACAUGAGAAUUUUCCUGAAGGAUAGAGUAUCAGAUAAUGAAAAUUUAAGUGAGCCAAUCUUGAAGAGUAGUGGACCAGAAGAGAAUAUUCAUCAAGAUAAUGCACAUACCAACAAUUUAACUACAAGGGUUUCUCCAGUAUCAUCAUCCAAGAAGAUUCUAACUGUUGGAGAUCUUAUUUGCUUGUUGAAGAGAAGUUCAACAUUUUCACAGGUAUCAGUUGUUUCAUUUUUCAACAGUCUUGCCGAGGGAGGACUCCUAGCUUCUUUUAUGUACUAUUUGAAGGCCCGUUUUCACUUCAGCAAAAACCAGUAUGCUGAUCUAUUGCUUCUUACUGGAGUUGCUGGAAUGGCAUCACAGCUGAUUUUCAUGCCUUUGUUGGUACCAAUUAUAUCAGAAGAAAAACUGCUUUCAAUAGGGCUUUUUAUGGGCUUCAUCCAGAUGUUGCUGUGCAGCAUAGCAUGGUCAAAUUGGGUUCCCUAUGCCUCAACUGCAUUAACUGUUUUUACAGUUUUGGUGCAGCCAUCUUUACGCAGCAUCACAUCAAAACAAGUUGGCCCUAAUGAGCAGGGGAAGGCUCAGGGCUGCAUUUCAAGCAUUAGUUCCUUUGCCAACAUUAUUUCUCCCUUAAUUUUUAGUCCUUUGACAGCUUUAUUCUUGUCUGAAGAAGCACCUCUUAAAUUCCCUGGCUUCAGUAUUUUAUGCAUUGGAUUUGCACUGUUGAUUGGGUUCAUUCAAAGUAUUAUGAUAAAGGCUUCUAUUCAAAAAAACAAGAGUAACACCAUUUUAGCCUAGUCCUCUGGCCUUUGCGUAUAAUUACAAGUGUAAAGAGUCGCUGUAAUUUGUUAACUAUUGUCUAUAAAUAUAUAUACUAUUUACAUUCUAUGGAAGAGUUCAUUCAUGAUGUCUUGAAAAAGUUUUCCAAGUUGUAUAUCCCUGUUAAACUUGCUUAAAUCUGUCAAAGAACUGGAGAUGAGAAACGGUUUGCAUCC